GACGGUAAUUUAAGUAGGACUCACGCCUGUGAGAAGCAGUUCCCCAUUUUUGUGAACCUUCCAGUUCUACCUUCGGGUUCUACCUUUAUUUUACAUUUGGGACUUCAUGCUCUCGGUUGCCUACCGUUGAUAGCCAAACACCUGCAUAGAUGUUCUUUUAUACUUUAAUAUUUACAGGAAACCAUUUAGCUAGGGAGGUAAUGCAAACUAGAGACCGACCGAAGUUUCGGUUUCGGAUUCGGUUUCGGCCAAGUUUCGGCCAAAAAACCGGUUUCGGUCGAAGUUCCGAACUUUCGGCUUGGCCGAAACAUACGAUCGUAAGGUCUCGGGAUAUGUCCGGUUGUAGUCGGGCUAUCGCUUCGUGUCCGUACGCGUUUCAUCACGUCACUUGA